GAACGCGCUGCCGGGAGAGCGGAGUCUCCUGCCUCCCGCCCCCCACCCCUCCAGCUCCUGCUCCUCCUCCGCUCCCCACACACAGACAAGCUCACACCCGCUCCCUCACUCGCACACACAGACACGCGCGCACACAAGCUCCUCACAUACACUCCACUCUCUCCCGCGCGCUCACACCCCUCUCGCCCUGCGCCCUCGCUGGUGCCGAGCCGCGCGGCAGCCGGACGCCCCUCCUGGACUCACUUUGCAACGCUGACAGCGCCGGCGGUGGCCUUGGAGGUGGGAACUGCGGCGGCAUCCUCCCCCUUGAUCGCGGCCGGAGCCAGGACGCCCGCGGAACCCCUCGCCGGCACUCUCCCAUGAGUCUGGAUCUCAGCAUCCCCUGCCAGACGCUCACCACCUCUGGGAGCCGCUGGGCUUGUACACAGCAGCCCUUCCGGGACAGCAGCUGUGACUCCCCCCCCAGUGAAGAUUUCGGGGCAGCUCUCUAGAAACUCGCUCUAAAGACGGAACCGCCACAGCACUCAAAGCCUCCUGCGGAAGAGCGCAGUUCGGCAAGCCCCGGUCCUGAGCCUGGACCCUCAGCGGAGCCGGGUAGCACUGCCACCGCUUCGCCUCGCCGGACGUCCCCGCCUCCCACCCUCUCAGCCUCCGCUGGAGAGACCCACAGCCCCACCAUUCAGCGCGCAAGAUAUCCUCCAGAUAUGCCCUGCGUGCAAGCCCAGUAUAGCCCUUCGCCUCCAGGUUCCAGUUAUGCAGUGCAGACCUACGGCUCGGAAUACACCACGGAGAUUAUGAACCCCGACUACGCCAAACUGACCAUGGACCUUGGCAGCACUGAGAUCACGGCCACCGCCACCACGUCCCUGCCCAGCUUCAGUACCUUCAUGGAAGGCUAUUCGAGCAACUACGAACUCAAGCCCUCCUGCCUGUACCAAAUGCAGCCAUCGGGGCCACGGCCCCUGAUCAAGAUGGAGGAGGGCCGCGCGCACGACUACCACCAUCACCAUCAUCACCACCAUCACCACCACCACCAGCAGCAGCAGCAACAGCAGCCCCAGCAGCAGCCAUCCAUUCCGCCCCCGUCCGGCCCGGAGGACGAGGUGCUGCCCAGCACCUCCAUGUACUUCAAGCAGUCCCCGCCAUCCACGCCCACCACGCCGGGCUUCCCCCCGCAGGCGGGGGCGCUGUGGGACGACGCGCUGCCCUCGGCGCAAGGUUGCAUCGCUCCGGGCCCGCUGCUGGACCCGCCGAUGAAGGCUGUGCCCACCGUGCCCGGCGCGCGCUUCCCGCUCUUCCACUUCAAGCCCUCGCCGCCGCACCCGCCCGCGCCUAGCCCGGCCGGGGGCCACCACCUGGGCUACGACCCGACGGCCGCCGCCGCGCUCAGCCUGCCGCUGGGAGCCGCAGCCGCCGCCGCCGCCGCCGCCGCUGCCAGCAGCCAGGCCGCCGCGCUCGAGGGCCACCCAUACGGGCUGCCGCUGGCCAAGAGGGCGGCUGCGCUGGCCUUCCCGCCGCUCGGCCUCACGGCCUCCCCCACGGCGUCCAGCUUGCUGGGCGAGAGCCCCAACCUGCCGUCGCCGCCCAACAGGAGCUCGUCGUCGGGCGAGGGCACAUGCGCCGUGUGCGGGGACAACGCCGCCUGCCAGCACUACGGAGUGCGCACCUGCGAGGGCUGCAAGGGCUUCUUCAAGAGAACGGUUCAGAAAAAUGCAAAAUAUGUUUGCCUGGCAAAUAAAAACUGCCCUGUAGACAAGAGACGUCGAAACCGAUGUCAGUACUGUCGAUUUCAGAAGUGUCUCAGUGUUGGCAUGGUUAAAGAAGUUGUCCGUACAGACAGUCUGAAAGGGAGGAGAGGUCGGCUGCCUUCCAAACCAAAGAGCCCAUUACAGCAGGAACCUUCUCAGCCCUCUCCACCUUCUCCUCCGAUCUGUAUGAUGAACGCCCUUGUCCGAGCUUUAACAGACUCAACACCCCGAGAUCUCGAUUACUCCAGAUACUGUCCGGCCGAACAGGCUGCGGCAGGCACAGAUGCUGAGCACGUGCAACAGUUCUACAACCUCCUGACAGCCUCCAUCGAUGUGUCCAGAAGCUGGGCAGAAAAGAUCCCCGGAUUUACUGAUCUCCCCAAAGAAGAUCAGACGUUACUUAUAGAAUCAGCCUUUUUGGAGCUGUUUGUUCUCAGACUUUCCAUCAGGUCAAACACUGCUGAAGAUAAGUUUGUGUUCUGCAAUGGACUUGUCCUGCAUCGACUUCAGUGCCUUCGUGGAUUUGGGGAGUGGCUCGACUCCAUUAAAGACUUUUCCUUAAGUUUGCAGAGCCUGAACCUUGAUAUCCAAGCCUUAGCAUGCCUGUCAGCACUGAGCAUGAUCACAGAACGACAUGGGUUAAAAGAACCAAAGAGAGUGGAGGAGCUAUGCAACAAGAUCACAAGCAGCUUGAAAGACCACCAGAGUAAGGGACAGGCCUUGGAGCCCAGCGAGCCCAAGGUCCUGGGCGCGCUGGUGGAACUGCGCAAGCUCUGCACCCUGGGCCUCCAGCGCAUCUUCUACCUGAAGCUGGAAGACUUGGUGUCUCCACCUUCCAUCAUCGACAAGCUCUUCCUGGACACCCUGCCUUUCUGAACAGGAGCAGCCAGAGCGGGGAGCCACCUCAGUGGCCAGCACCUUCUUGCUAAGCAGCAGAGGAAUGGGUCUGGACACCUACCAUUUUCUGUCCUUCCUUAAGAGGAGAAGCAGCUCCUGUAGAAAAGACUUUUUUUUUUUCCUUUCUGGCACUUUUCCUUACAACCUAAAGCCAGAAAACUUGCAGAGUAUUGUGUUGGGGUUGUGUUUUAUAUUUAGGCUUUGGGGUUGGUGUGGGAGGGGAGGGUAUAGUUCAUGAGGGUUUUCUAAGAAAUUGCUAACAAAGCACUUUUGGACGAUGCUAUCCCAGCAGGAGAAAAAAAAAAAAAAGGAUAAUACAACUGUUUUAAAACUUUUUGGGGAA